UAAAAGUAAAACGACGAAAGAAAGUUUUUUCGUUUGGAAGCCAGAGCAAGUGAAGAGUAUACUAAAGAAGGGAGUAGAGAUGAAGCAAAAUGUCUUAUUGCAAGAAAAAGCAACGAAAGUACUUAAUAACAUUAAGCUAGAAAUAAAUUUAGCGCGAAAGCUUUUUAUUUUGUUCUAAAUCUAAACUGUAGGGAGAUUUAGUUUGAGAUUUGAUUAAUUGGGAUUGGAUAAUUCUGGCAAACGUCGAAGGAUUAAGGGCCCGGUCGUCCCUGAAGCCUGAAGCAACAGGCACGGGUAGAGCCGAUGACGACGAUGACGAUACCAUCGACGUCGUUUUCAAGUCCCUGAAGUGGUGGCGCCGUAGACUGUUUUCUUUAAUGGCGGUUCUCUCGCUCACCAGAGGCUCUGCCUUUCGGUUCGUUCUUUUGCUUCUCCUCCUCGCUGCCGGUUUCACCGCUUUCAUUUCUCUACCCAUCGAGAAGUUGUUGAAAGAUCUUUUGCUAUGGAUUAAACACGAUCUCGGGCCAUGGGGUCCUCUCGUGUUGGCUGCUGUCUACAUUCCUCUCACAAUACUGGCCGUUCCUGCUUCAGUACUCACGCUUGGGGGUGGUUACCUUUUUGGGUUGCCUGUAGGAUUUGUUGCUGAUUCUAUUGGUGCCACCAUUGGUGCAACUGCUGCAUUCCUUGUUGGUAGAACAAUUGGAAGAUCAUAUGUUAUGUCCAAGUUAAAGAAUUAUCCCAAGUUUGAAGCUGUUGCAAUUGCAGUUCGGAAAUCUGGUUUUAAGAUAGUUUUGCUUCUACGGCUUGUUCCUUUACUUCCAUUUAACAUGCUGAACUACCUCCUGUCUGUAACUCCAGUUCGUACAAAAGAUUUCAUGCUGGCAUCUCUUUUAGGAAUGAUGCCAAUCACUUUCGCACUUGUUUAUAUGGGAACAACUUUGAAGGAUCUAUCUGAUGUAACACAUGGAUGGAAUGAGGUUUCAACAACUCGUUGGAUAUUUAUGGCUCUGGGAUUUGUGAUAUCGGCCAUUAUGAUGGUUUGUGUUGCUAAAGUUGCCAAGGCUUCUCUGGACAAAGCACUGGCUGACUAUGCUGAAAUGGAGGGCACGAUUGCAGAUUCGCAAUUGGAUAUAAAUGAGCCUCUUGUAAUUAAAAUUGAUCCAAUGAAUGAGGAAAAUGAGAAAUAAUUUCAUCAAUAUAAAUUCUUUUUGACAGUUCUUUAACUUGGUUAUUUUCUUAGGAAUACAGAGGAGCAAAAUAUGAUAGGAGAAUUUUUUUUUUUUCUUUUUUAAUUUUAAUGUUCUCAUACUUGGUGAAUACUGAAUGUAGCACCUAUACAUGGGAUGUAUGAAUCUGCCCAUCUAUGGUAAAGUGUUAUAAGGGUGAAUGCACACCAAUAUUUUUUUUUCUUUAACCCGGAAAUAAUGUAAAUUGAAGGUAUUGUUGAUUUUCCGAUUGUCAUUUUCUCAAUAGA